GGUCUCCAUACUACGACAACGUGAGGCCUCUCUCCUACCCAGACUCAGACGCUGUCCUCAUCUGUUUUGACGUCAGCCGUCCUGACACACUCGACAGCGUAAUAAAGAAGGUGUGUACCACAGGAGGUUGGUGGCACCUUAAUUGGGGAGGACGUGCUCAUGGUAAUGGUUGGAGCGGAAUGGGUGGAAUGGUAUCAAAUACACCAAACACAUGGUUUCCAUGUGUUCAAUGCCAUUCUUUCUCUCCGUUUCAGCCAUUAUUAUGAGCCAUCCUCCCCUCAGCAGCCUCCACUGGUGUGUACCUACCAUUAGUCAACCUCUACAGCCUUUAGAAUAUGGACCUUCAUGUGUUCCUCUUUUACCUCACUUGAAAGAAACUACAUGUCCAGUUUUAAUAUCCUUUUCACUUGACCUGGCCCAGAACGUUUUCCCAGUAAUUUCCAGUUUAAUUCCAUUUUUUUCCACUUAGCCCACUAGAGAGUUGAGGUACAGACAGAGGUCGUAAUGGGUUAGGGGGCGUUAGAGUGAGAGGAUGGGAGGGAAAGGUAGGGUCGGGGCCUGAGAGCGCUUUUAGUGUCCUCUGAUGUGACUUUGCCAUAGAAAAAAGAACCAUGAGAAGGUUCCGUUCCAAAACAGAGUUCCUUCCUUCCUCUUGGCCAGUUCAAACAAUCACCUGUCUGUACAACACUGAACAUGAUCCCCUCAAUGUCCAGCCAGUCAGCCAGCCAAACACUCCUUGUUCUCGAGACUGCAUUAGUAGCAGAUUAUAUUCACCAAUUAAAGCCUUGUUCUCCAGACUGCAUUAGUAGCAGAUUAUAUCCACCAAUUAAAGGCCAUUGAUCCCAGAGUGUUUAUUGUGUUUGAGAGGAAACGUGAAGGAUUAUCUAUGGCCUUAAAGCCUCUGAUACUGCAUUCCUUCCUGGGUUCAAAGCCGUGUGACGCAGCAUGGUAACAGGAAGUGGCUUUGUCCGUCAGAAGGAGAGGGCUCAGGUUCUGUCUGAAGAAAGUGUACAAGUCGUCAAAUACUUGAUACCUCCAGUCCUUGAUUCCUCAAUUCCUCUCUCUCUCUCAAAAUCCAUUGGAGGAGAGGCUCCAAGGUCCCUCCUCUUGUACCUCUGCAUCCAAUGAGCUUUGAGAGGGAGGCGAGGAAUUGAGGAAUCAAGGAUAGGAGGAGGCAAGGAUUUGAUGGCUAGUCUGGAUCUGUCCUCCCAGUCUCAAUGACUUUCUCUGUCCUCCACAGUGGAAAGGGGAGAUCCAGGAGUUCUGUCCCAACACCAAGAUGCUCCUGGUGGGCUGCAAAUCGGACCUGCGCACAGACCUCUCCACGCUGGUGGAGCUAUCCAAUCACAGACAGAUGCCUGUGUCAUAUGAUCAGGUACGGUGGUUGUAGAGUGCAUUGUCUUCAGAUUUGGGGUCAAUUUCAUUUCAAUUUAGUCAAUUCAGGAAUUGAACUGAAAUUCCAUUUCCAAUGUGUUUUCUUUCUACAGGGUUCCAACAUGGCCAAACAGAUCUCAGCCCCCUACAUCGAGUGCUCAGCCCAGCAGUCAGAGAACAGCGUCAGGGACAUUUUCCACGUGGCCACCUUGGCCUGCGUCAACAAGAACAACAAGAACGUCAAACGCAACAAAUCCACCAGAGGCAACAAAAGGAUCUCGCACAUGCCCAGUAGGCCCGACCUCACGGCGGUAGCAUCAGACCUGCGGAAGGACAAAGCGAAGAGUUGCAGUGUCAUG